CGAAUUGAGCAGUGGUGGCGGUGGGCAAGACAACGAGGGUGUCAGUCCUGGAUGGAUACAUUUGCUGAGCUUGAAAUGACGUCUGGUGAUCCUAUUAACGUGGAUCUUGCACGAUUCUGUUUCAUGGCACUUAUUCAACAAGACCUGGACAACCUCAGAGCUGAAUGGAAUCAGCACACAGUACGGCAGCACCGUCAGUCUGGAACACCAUGUGGAAAACCGGACAUUAUGUUCCACCUUCCUCGUCUGUAUGAUACUGUAGAUUACAAGGUCGAAGUUGACUUGUCAGACGUGGAAAAUAUCAUUCGCGAAUGGUGCGUGUCCUAAACCUUUCGGCUGUAGUGAAAAUUCCCUACAUCUAUUUCGUCGACAAAUGAGACGGAUCGGUUUGUCAAUGCCAUCAACAUUUCAGCAAGGACUUGAGUUGUAUGAAAUGCUCCGAGGUGCAAUUUUGAAUUCAUGAAUGAAGGGUCAAGGUAUCGCCAGGAACGUUGACAGUGUGCUUGGUUACAAAGGACAAAGAAAAAUGAAAAACUUAUCAUUUACUUUAUUAUAUUUGGACUUCUUUCUUUACAUCAAUAUAUUGUAUUUCCAUCAUCCAUUCCACUCACGGCUAACGAGUUUAUACUUACAUGAUAAUUGUAAAUUGAAAAUUGGUCAUUAUUUAUUCCAGAAACUUAUGUUCGUUUUUUAAAUUAAGGUUAAAUAUUAAACAUGUAGAGGGUGGACUUAUGCAUGAUGGUAAAUGCAAAAUAUAUAACUUUAACUUCGUCCGAAAUAAGGGUAUGAUGAAAGAACUAGCAAUUCGAGAGAUGUUGUUGAUAAUCUGCGAAAGUCAAUCAAAUAACAAAAUAUACAAGUAAUGAAAGCAUGGGUUGUCGCUCAUACAACUCUGCCUCAGAAUCCUCUUGAUUAUAAAAAUCAUUUCAGACAAAUCAUCUGUGAUGUAACAACAUUAGAAAAUCCGACACAAUAUGCGUUAUAUGCCAAAUUAAGAGGAUAUUACAAAAAGUGUUAACUAGCUAAUCAACACUAUGUCAGCUUUAAAGCCGUCAGUGCAACACAUUUAAGGCCGUUAUUGUCGGUGUACAGAAUUCUUUCCUUGUAUCACUGCUCAGUAAAAUAACAACAACAACGGUCAGCACUGGCAAAGUGGUCAAGUGUAACUUCUGACUCUUUAACAUUGGCUGAUGACCACAACAAUUCAAUCAGGUGAAGAACGUGAUGUUGUUUGGUUCAUAUUCAUCUCAGAAGGGGUGUAGUAUAAUGUGACCUUUGGCCGCUAAAUAUCGAUAAAACUGCCACCUAUGCCCAUUACCACUUAAUAUAAAUAAAUGGAGACACAAAUGAUUUAUCCCGCUAAAUUCUUGUGCUAUCCACGUUUUACCCUUGAUUUGCAAACAAAUAUUCUACAAAUAAAUUUUUGAUUCAUA